UCCGUACUCUCUUUGCUUGUCUAGUACCCAGUACGAGGUCUGUGCAUUUAUUCAUAAAUCAUAAUAAUGUCGUGUACAACUGUGAUGGUGUUGUUUUGUAAACAUAUGAUGCCCGUUCUAUAAACGGCGGCCGACUUCGAAUAAAAAAUAGGAGACGACGGUAGCAGCAGCUAUCUAUAAGAAAAAAAAAUAGUCGUCGUAUAACAUAAUAUCAUUAUCAGCAGCAGCUAGGUAGUAGUUACUCGUUAGUCAGACAGUCAGUCGUCAGUGCGUGACCAAGUUUUCCCGUCAAUCGUCAUUAGUCGGCCGCGGUUAGUCCGCACUUCCGCAGCCGUCUCCAUUCUCCAGGAAUUAGUCGAUUUUUAUUACGAUUUCUAUUCUGUCUCAGUCCGUGCCCGAAAUUGAAUUAUUGGUUUUUGAUAUUAUUAACCCAUCAGUGUUGUAUGGGUAUUUAUUUUAUUGAUUUAUUCGAUUAAAUUAUAGUUGAAACGAUAAUGAUUUCGCCCAUAGCCAUAUGUAAAAAGAGUUAUUUACAUUUUAAAUACAUAUAUAUUCUUUCGGUCUUUAACACAUUGCUUUUGGGGCUAUGACUGUAUUAUUCUUGUUCAAAGUGAUUUAACAUAGACAACCAGCUAGUUAACGAUCGUUUGGAUCAUGGCUAUACAUUCGUGUCCGUAUGAAGAUUGCACUUCUACAUUCAGUCGUCCAUACCGUUUACAAAUUCAUAUUCAACGACAUCAAGGCAUUAAACAAUUCCAAUGCACCCAAUGCGAUCGCGGUUACCAUCGACGACAGCACCUGCAGAGACAUUUUGCAGAGGCUCAUCAAAAUCAUUCGAGGUUAGAACAAGCGUUGUUUUGUGAUCACUGUGACCGAUCAUUUAACACAGCAUGGGGCCUCCGCAGACAUCAGGCCAAAAUAAAGGUACCGACAGUACGUGACAGGCCGCAUUGCUGUGAGACUUGUGGCCGAAGGUUUUUCAAAAUCGAUCAUCUCAAAAUUCAUUCAUUGAGACACAACCGUUUCAAAUGUGACAUCCCAUCAUGUACACUAUCUGAACAUAAUUUCAGUUGGUCAUAUUAUCAACGACACUUGGCUACUCACCACUCCCAACCUUUUGAGUGUCAUCAUUGUAACAAACAAUUUUUUCUUAAGUCUCAAAUAAGACAGCAUGUUGUACAACACAUGCCUAACUUUGUUUGCACACAGUCGGGAUGUGGUAAAACAUUUGUCAAGUAUAGGUAUAUGUACAAUCAUGUUCAAUCUUCUCACAAAGAAAGAACGCACAAAUGCAGUGUCAUUGGAUGUGAUUGGGUUUUUACACGCAAAACUCAUUUAGAAAAUCAUAUUAAAGUCCAUCAACAAAAUGGGAGAAUUGUUCCAAUGGCAAAAAGGUAUAGAAAAAAGGAAUCAACAUUUUUUAUGGCAAAGAAAUUGGCUGCAUUAGCCUUAAAAACAACUAAAAUGUUAAAUUAGAUUUAUUUACAUGUAUUAAUUAAGUAUGUAUAUUAAAUUAUUAUAAUUAUACAAAAAGCUUUGAUAAAAAGUCUGUUCUUGAUUCAAUA